AUGGAAGAACAGGUCGCAAAUGCCAUUGAGAUCGCCUCGAACCACGUCGCCGACAAAGACUUGAAAGCGCAAGCUUUUGAAUACCUCAAUCAACUCCGCUCCGACCCCUCCGGAUGGCAGGUCUGCUUUGCCCUCUUCACCAAGACCCCACAACAGUCCGAAAUCGUACGGCAUGUCAGCUUGGAGGUGGUCAAUAGUGCUGCCCAGGUCGGCUUGAUCGACCAGGCCUCACUCGCCGUCAUCCGAGAUGGUCUGAUGGCCUACAUUCGCCAGGCCUACGGCCCAGAGACCACCACCAACCCCGACCCUCCCUACCUCCAAAAUAAAAUCGCACAGACCGUCACAUACCUCUUUUCCUCACUUUACGCCACUGGCUGGGAGUCCUGCAUCGACGAACUUCUCGCCCUCACCAACAAAUCUACAGGUCGGGACAAUCAGGCAGGUGUGGUCUUUUACCUGCGUGUGCUGAACUCGAUCCACGAUGAGAUCGGCGAUGUGUUGGUUUCGAGGUCUCGCGGGGAACAGGAUAAGGCGAAUGCGCUGAAAGAUCUCAUCCGUGAGCGGGACAUGCAGAAGAUUGCCAAUUCCUGGCAGGAGAUUCUAGCCGUCUGGCGGGAAGGCGAUGACUCCAUUGUCGAGAUGUGUCUGAAGGCUGUGGGCAGCUGGGUGAGCUGGAUUGACAUUUCGCUUGUCGUGAACCAGAAUAUGUUGGACUUGCUCUUCCAGCAGCUUGGACGGGCUCAGAAACAAGAGCUCCAGGAGAGUGAGCAGCGAGUGCGUGAUGCUGCGAUAGAUGUUUUCACGGAAAUAAUUGGCAAGAAGAUGAAGCCUGCCGACAAAAUUGAGAUGAUUGUUUUCUUGAAUCUGGAUUCUAUCAUCACACAGCUGUCUAACAGUCCUCCACUGCUCUCGCAGCGCUUUACAUCCAAGUACGAUGUUGAUUUGGCAGAGACAGUUGCGAAGCUUGUCAACAACACAGCCGUGGACAUUGUGAGGGUAUUGGAUAACGAUGUUGGGCCUGUUAGGGAGAAGGCAGAGAAUCUUCUUCACGUCUUCCUCCCUCACAUCCUGCGAUUCUUUUCCGACGAAUACGACGAAGUUUGCUCGACUGUGAUUACUUGCGUCAACGACAUGCUUACCUACAUCCGGAAACUCGCCAAGGCAAACCCAUCCUACGAGGAGCGAAACAAGGCCAUUCUGCUUCCAGUUUUGAAGGCAAUUGUUGCUAAAAUGCGGUACGAUGAAACUCUCAACUGGGGCGAUGAAGACGAACAGACCGACGAGGCGGAAUUCCACGAGCUCCGCAAACGACUGGGCGUGUUGCAGCAGAUCAUUUCCUCGGCCGACGAGCAGCUUUACAUCGAUGCGAUUUCAGAGGUGGUGGGCACAACUUUCGAGAACCUGCGAGCAUCUGGAGGUCAGCUCGACUGGCGUGACCUGGAUCUCGCCCUGCAUGAAAUGUAUCUAUUCGGUGAUUUGGCUGUCCGCAGCGGCAGUCUCUACACCAAGGGCGUUCCAAUUGGAGGGGCCUCCAGCCGCCUUAUCGAGAUGAUGUCUGCCAUGGUGGGAACCGACAUUCGAUCUUUCACUCACCCUGCAACCCAGCUUUUGUACAUGGAGCUUUGUGUUCGCUACAGCUCAUUCUUUGUUCACCACACCGACCAGAUUCCCAGGGUUUUGGAAAGUUUCCUACAGCUUGUGCACCACCCUGUUGCAAAGGUCAAGACUCGCUCGUGGUACCUUUUCCAGCGCCUGGCUCGGCAGCUUCGCGCUCAGAUUGGCAAUGUUGCGCAGACCGUUGUGGAGGCAUUGAGCGACCUGUUGGUCAUUCAAGCCGAGGUUCCCUCAGAGGGCGACGAGGGUGAUGAAAUGUCCUCUGAAGACCACGAACGUAGCGGAGAGGCCAUCUUCACCAGCCAGCUGAACCUUUUCGAGUCUGUUGGAAUUAUUAGCUCUACCCCAAGUGUUAGUGCAGACAAACAAUUGCUCUAUGUGCAAUCCGUGCUCAGCCCCGUCUUUGGUGAUAUGGAGCGCAACCUUGAAGCCGCCAAAGCCAACGACGCGCGGGCGCUGCUGCAAAUCCACCAUGACAUUAUGGCCCUGGGAACACUUGCCCGCGGAUUCUCAGACUGGCAGCCGGGCACUACAGGCUCUCCAUCUGCGGGUGUACUGCCCGAGGUUUCGGCAGCUUUCGCCCAGGUGGCGGAAGCCACCCUGGUGUCCCUUGAGUCUCUCAAGAACUCGUUCGACAUUCGAACUGCUGCCCGCUUUGCAUUCUCUCGACUCAUUGGUGUCCUCGGCGCGCAGAUUCUCCCCCAACUGCCCCGAUGGAUCGAUGGACUCCUGACUCAAACUUCCUCACGCGAUGAAAUGGCACUUUUCCUCCGUCUCUUGGACCAAGUUGUUUUCGGGUUCAAGGGCGAGAUCUACAGCAUCCUCGACACCCUCCUGACUCCAUUCCUGCAGCGCGUGUUCUCCGGCAUCGCCGAGCCAACCGUCGGUACCGAUGACGAGAUCCAGCUCGCCGAGCUGAAGCGAGAGUACCUCAACUUCUUGCUCGCAGUGCUAAGCAACGACCUUGGAGCCGUCAUCAUCAGCGAAAGAAACCAAUCCAUCUUUGAAACCAUCAUUACCUCCCUCGAGCAUUUCGCCAAGGAUAGUGACGACCUGACCACUGCCAAGAUGGCAUUCAGCGUCUUGAGCCGCAUGGCCAGCUGCUGGGGUGGACCAGACAUCGCCCCUGCCAAUGGCACAGCCACAGCCCAGGCCGCCCUCCCUGGCUUUGGUGAAUUCAUGAUCACCCGACUUUCGCCCCUCGCCUGGGCGCUCCCAACCACAGCGUCUUUCAAUCCCAAAGAUCCACAAGCCAAGCAAGUCCUUGCCGAAGCAGGCGGACUCCAACGCACCAUCUACGCCAAGACUGGCAUGGAAUAUGCCGAGUACCUGCGUAGCCGGGAGCUACCCGGUAUGGGCAUGGGUGCUGAGCUCAUCGAAGAGUUCCUCAACAACAUGGGCCAGCUGGACGUGAAAGGGUUCCGGCAAUUCUUCCCGUCAUUCAUCCAACGAUUGAGCGCAUGA